CUUACUAACAAAAUGGACAAUUGAGGAAAAAAAGCUCCAUCAUAGCAGUGCUCUAUCAGAAAGUUCGUGUACAUGAGCCGUAUAGCCUAUACCUUUGCGUGAUACAACAAGUUUACCCUCCCCCUCCAAACAAGGGGCGCAACUAAACUUUCACUUCAGAUGAGUUGCGCUUGGAGAGACGGUACCCUGCCUAGUUGUCUCGCGUUCUUGCCGAUCUGGCGCAAACCUGCCAACCCAUCCACUUCCUGUAGACAGCAAGUCCAUCCCUAACGGAGGAAAACAAAGAGGAAGGAAGAAUUUUACUAAGUGUUCUAAAUAACGCGUUCUGAAGAGCAAUCUCCACUUGCCGGUCCGUCCGCAACACCCAAGAGCUCUGUCAUAUAGGUGGGCUAGAAUAACGUCUUAUGCUUUAUAUCGCGUGUGUGCUGGGAGGCCGUUGCGUUGAUCGUUGUGUAGAAGGAAAACACGCUGUGGGUGCAAAAUAGAAGUGUAUUAACCCCGAAGACCUAUGGCACGGAUGAUACCAUUAACGCUCAACUUUUUUGCAUGAAAGAGAAAUCAGUUCAAAGCGCUGAGCUUGGGAAGCGAACUCAACCUACGUUAAACUAUAUCAGAAUACCAAGUGCUUUCAUGUAUUGGAAAAAUGAGGUCUUGGCCCCUCUACCAGAGGGAGAUCCGUUUUUAUCCGAAGGAAUUCCCGCAAAACAGGUCAUUUCUCCAGGAAUGCAGCAGAGUGCACCGGGUGCCUCGCGCUGUGUGGAAGCCGAACACGUCAUGUCUCACUCUGACGGGGAAUCCCACCGAUCGAACAUGGAGAAUGGGGAAUCCCACCGAUCGAACACGCGCUCCUCCCCGAGUCCCCCCUCUACUCCAUCUAUCUGCUCGCCUACCUCCACCGCCUCCUCGGUGCUGUCCACCCGGAAGAACGUGUGCGCGAGCUGCGGUUUGGAGAUCCUGGACAGAUACCUUCUCAAGGUGAAUAACUUGAUCUGGCACGUGAGGUGUCUGGAGUGUUCUGUCUGCCGGACGUCAUUGCGUCAACACAACAGCUGUUACAUCAAAAACAAAGAGAUCUUCUGUAAAAUGGAUUAUUUCAGUAGGUUUGGUACAAAGUGUGACCAGUGUGGACGCCAGAUAUAUUCCAGCGACUGGGUGCGUCGGGCCAAGGGCAAUACCUACCACUUGGCGUGCUUCGCCUGCUUCUCCUGCAAGAGGCAGCUGUCUACGGGGGAGGAGUUUGGCCUGGUGGAGGAGAAGGUGCUCUGCAGGAUCCACUACGACACCAUGGUGGAGAACCUCAAACGGGCUGCCGAGAGUGGUAGUGGCAUCACUCUGGAGGGGGCAGUGCCGUCAGAGCAGGACAGCCAACCCAAGCCUGCCAAGAGAGCACGCACCUCCUUCACUGCUGAGCAGCUGCAGGUGAUGCAGACUCAGUUUGCGCAGGACAACAACCCCGAUGCACAGACCCUGCAGAAACUGGCAGACAUGACUGGUCUAAGCAGGAGAGUCAUACAGGUUUGGUUUCAAAACUGCAGAGCAAGACACAAAAAGCAUACCCCCCAGCACAGCGGACCCCCACAAGGCCACCCCCAGUCCCGGAUGCACCCCUCGCUGCCUGAUGACCUGCAUUACUCCCCCUUUGGAAGUUCUGAGAGGGCGCGUAUGGUGGCCCUGCACGGAUACAUCGACAGUGAGUGUUACAUAGGCCACCCAUUCUCUGUCCUAGCGACACAGAGCCUGAACCCCCAUCAAGCAAUGUCGCUGUCCCAGCUACCCCUCAGCCGCUAACUAACGGAUGCUGCCGCCAUCACCCCUGACCUCCCAUCAGCAACCUCCGUUUGCCGACUCGACCCCAGAGGUCAAACAUGAAGACUUACGGAGAGGUUCAAGAUUCAAGAUGCCUGAGAGACCGAGGCAGAGAGAGACCGAGGCAGAGAGAGACCGAGGCAGAGAGAGACCGAGGCAGAGAGAGACCGAGGCAGAGAGACAGACAGACAGACAGACAGAGAGAGAGAGAGAGAGAACUAUUUUUCUAUGAACAGGAUCAUGAUUAUAUAUUCCACCUAUUGUUGUCAUGGAGGACAUGAGCCCUUCCUUUUCCUAACUGGGACUUAUUCACUGUCAAGAUACAUUCAACUCGACUAUGAGCUCUCUGUGCGUGCAGAAAUGGACUGAAAGGUCUCUUCUCUCCAUCCUCUGAAGGGAGUGAUGGGACCAGACUAACAGGAAUACACCCUCAUGUGUGGUCAGAUUUACUCACGAGGAGAAAAAAACGGCAAGGGAUUGAGCUUGGCAAGGGACACUGAGGUAAGAAACCUCCCCUUUCACUCUGUGAUGAUACCAUGAAGGAAUGCAAAAUAACUGACCGUUUUAGGUGUGGAAUCUGCUACGAACUAAAAACGAAUACGAAUUUUUAAAUCACAGUUGUUAGUAUUGAUGUUGUAUGAAAUCAUCAGGUAAUCAGCUGUUCGUUAAAGGGAAAUGUAAAAAAAAAAAAAUGAAACUUUUCCAGCACCAUC